AUGCCUCCGAUCUUUACCGAAGUCCCAAAGACAACGGAAUCGUGGGCAAAUGCAGUCAGUCUGUCCGGAAACACAAUACAUCCCAACCAACGAGACCAAUGGGGCUCGGGCUCUAAUAUCAGCGAGGAGGAGUAUCUUUUGUUACGGGUAUUAUGGUCCUUCGAAGAGCAACUGGACGCCGAGAUGCGAAGCAAGUUUGGCUUGAAUGGCCGUUUCAAAACCGCGAGGCGAUGGCUGGGAAAGUUUGAGCCAUUUGCUAAAUACCUGGAACAAGUUGAAAGUGGGAGCCAGAUUCCCAAGUACGAUCCCCAGCAGUUGAACCCCGACGCCUGGGGGAGCGGCAUAUUCGAUAUCGCAGCCCAUGAGCAAUAUCGGAUCGUUACAACCAUAGCGUCGAGUACGACAACGACGGGGUCGAGGAAGCCGCUGGAUGAACAAACUAUAAAUGCCGCGCUUAUGGCAUUUCUAACAUCCAUUGCCAUGAAGCACUCCCUCACAAGCGAGGAAGAAUCUCAACACCGGCUACGUUGUCUCAACGAGCCCUCAUCCACCCCUCCGACUUCCACUUCCCAAUCUCCUGGUGGACUGUGA